AUGAUCAUCUCUUGUCUAUUCUUAUCCAUGGUUGCUUAUAAUUAUCGACAAUUAAAGCAGAAAAUUCCAAUUUUGCUCAGUUGUAACACUUGUGUGGCCGUAUUAUUUACAUCAAUAGCACUCAGUUCUAUAUGCGCGUCAAAUUUAAAUCGAUCACCGAAUAGUCGAUGGUGUUUAAUUGCCGGUUAUUUAAAUCAUACAUUCAAUAGUUCAAUUUAUUACGCCUAUACGUUACAAGCAUUCUAUCGUCUUUGUCGAAUUAUAUUCAACAGUACAGCAGUAUUUAAAAAAAAAAAAACUUAUUCAAUAUUGAUCUGUAUUCAAUGGUCAUUUUCCCUAUUAACGAUGUCAACUGCCCUAAUUUGUAACUGGAUUGUUUUUCUAUCAUCGGAAUUCUAUUGCCAGGUAAUAUAUUCUAAUUUAGUGGGAGCAUUAUAUCUUGGCUUGCUUCUGUAUCAAAUACCAAUGGCAUCUAUGGGCAGUAUGUACGUAUGGAUAGCUCGAUUUAUUCGUCAAUCAGCGCGAACAGCAAGACAGCAACAGAAACGUGAUCUAAUAAUUAUUAAACGUAUGUUUACCGUUGUUGGUGUACUGACUCUUAUGGGUGUACCACCCAUCGUUUUCUUCAUGAUAUGGCUUAUAACCGGUCACGUUUUCUCAAUCAGUUACGCUAUUCAAUGGAUGACAUUCUCAAUUACUCUGAUAUUGAUCAAUAUCGUGUUAAUUGGUUUGACGCCACAACUGAAAGCAAAAUUAAAGCAUCAAAUUAUUCCCAUCGUAUGCUGUAUCAAUAUAUUGAAAAUCACCUACGAAAUGUGA